UCGCCUUUUUGUCAAUCAGCUGAUGAAGUUAUUACUCAUCCGUCAACGAACAACUUUCAACGGAAAAUUGGCAUUUAGUUCUUGAAAAUUAAAAUUUUUAAGUAAUUAAAAUUAAAAUUUUUAAACAACAUGACUGACGAUCUCCCAGACAAUUUCGAUUUGAUUGUCGUUGGCACUGGGUUUCCGGAAAGUUGUGUAGCUGCAGCAGCAAGUCGCAUAGGCAAAAGUGUUUUACAUAUCGAUCCAAACGAGUACUACGGAGGUGUUUGGGCAUCUUUCAACUUGGAAUCUUUCUGUGCACUAUUGGAUCAAGAGAGUAAUAAUGUAAUAAGAUAUGCAACCCAAAAGUGGUACGUAGACGAACAAAUUAAAAAUGAAAACAAUUCGUCAGGAAACGAACAAGCAAAUGUAAGUCCUGGAGCAGAAGUCGACGGUGAUACAGUUACAAACGUCGGAAAUCAGGAAAACGAACAAUGGUGUCGCCGCACGUUACUGCAACAAUCACGACGUUUUAAUUUAGACCUUAGCCCCCGAAUACUCUAUUCUGCUGGUCGCUUGGUGCAAUUACUCGUAUCUUCUAAUAUAUGUCGCUAUGCUGAAUUUCGGGCAGUGGACCGUGUUUGUACGCGUUUUCGUAACGAAAUCAUCAAUGUGCCUUGCUCGCGCAGCGAUGUGUUCAAUACCAAAGACUUGAAUAUUGUGGAAAAACGGUUACUUAUGAAAUUUCUUACCUUAUGCCUGACAUAUGGUGAAGAUAAAACAGAAGAGGAUACUCUAAUUUUUCGUGGGAAAACAUUCCGAGAAUACCUACAAAAGCAAAAAGUCACCGAAAAGAUUAGUAUUUGUGUAAUGCAAGCGAUUGCUAUGUGCAACGAUGAAACACCAUUCGAGGAAGGCAUGGCCCGAACGCAACAAUUUCUUAAUAGUCUGGGACGAUACGGAAAUACCCCAUUUCUGUUUCCAAUGUACGGUUGCGGUGAAAUACCACAAUGCUUUUGCCGGCUGUGUGCAGUAUUUGGUGGCAUUUAUUGUCUAAAGCGACGCAUCGAUGAUAUAACUAUUGAAGCUGACACCAACAUUGCGAACGUGGUGCUGGAGGGCAAGACCAUAAAAGCGCAGCACGUAGUUAGCGCGCAAGAGCACUUACCAAAUGUGCUUCUCGAACGAAAUGUAGGUAUAUAUUGUCAAGGCGAGUUAGUAAACCUACUUUCCAGAGGUAUUUUCUUGACGGCAACGCCAUUGGGAUCAGAAGAGUUGAAUUCCGGUGGUGGAGGCGUAAAUAUUUUAAGGCUUGUAGACGGCAAGCGGGAAGCCAUCCUUAUACAGUUAUCACAUUUCUCAGGAACAUGCCCGAAAGGAAUAUACGUUUUUCACUUAACAACGACUGCGCAAAGCAAUCAACCUGAACAGGAUCUGAUGCCAUUUGUGGCACAGGUGUUCAAUUCUGAUUUAGGAAAUAUACCCAAACUGUUGUACUCUGCUUAUUUCACCAUUAUGGGACGUCAACGUACAAUGACUACUCCAAAUGUGGAUUCCUCCACACCAAUAUUUUGUACCAGCGCUCCCUUUUAUGAAUUGGAUUACGAUAGGUCAAUUGCAAAUGCUCGUGACAUAUUCGCCAAAUUAUACGUGGAUGCCGAAUUUCUGCCACGUGCCCCCGAUCCAGAAGAGAUCGUAAUCGAAGGCGAAGAUCCACGUGCUCUAAGUGAAAACAGUUUGCCGGAUGAUUUGCGGGAACAGUUGCGUGAAUUAGAAAAAUCCGCUGAACAUAUGGACAUCGAAGAUAACGAUGCAACGUCUGCUGCAGAGACAACACAGGCCGACGCUGAACAACAACUAAUGGAUUCUGAGUAAGCAACUGAUGCGCGUAUGAGUUGAACAAGUAUAAUAAUAAUAGUAGUGAUAAGCUUAAUUAAAUGUGUAAUAAUUUGCUUCAAAUCAUUUUUUUACGAAUUUUGAAACUCUCACCUAAAAUUAAAUUACGCACCCACAAAUUAUGAA